UGCCGACGAAUUAUUGCUCAACACGUCCAAGAAAUUUCAAUACUUUCGGGUCUAAAUUUAAACAUUGAGGUUGAUGAUAUGGAAGGACAUCAUUAUAUGGAUGAAAAUGGUUACAGUUAUGGUUAUGAUCCAAACCAGAUGUAUUAUGUAGAUCCAAAUAUGCAGCAGACAGAGUACUAUCCACAAGGUCAGCAGUACGGGGGUUGGGGAUGGCAGCCCCAGGGGUACGCAUCUAUCCAGCAGCCGAUGUAUGGAGGUUUUGCACAACAAGGAAUGAAUUAUGACUAUUAUAAUCAGUAUGAUAAUGGAAUGGUAUAUGGACAGCAAGGCUUUGUCAAUUAUGAUGCACAGUCUUCCUAUGGAAGACAGUCGGUGUCAAAUUCUCGAAGUAAACAUUCUUACUCACAGAAUAGAUCAAGAAAUAGACAGAGACCAGAGGCUAAGCAAAACAUUGCUACAAACGAUAUUGAAAAUUCUAAUAAUAAUGCUUACAAUAGUAACGAUGGUUUACAAAAGGAAACUAGUUCAGGGGAAGUAAUAAAAGAAAUAGGUCAAAAAAGUGGUGUGAAAGAUAAUGCAACUGAAGAGUCAAAAGAUAGUUUGGAUUUAAAAGAUCAGGAUAAGUUUAGAAAUCGAGGGAGUAGAUUUCAGGGGACAGAUUCUAGAACGAGAAAGUUUGACAGUCGACAGCAGAUGCUUGACAAGCAGAGAGGGUAUGAUAGGAGUUACAGGCCUGACAGGGGAGAUAAAAAUAGUAGUGCUGCAGCAAAUGGGGAUAUUGAUCAUUCUGUGAAUAAUAAACCUGAGGUAAAAUCUGAAAAUAAUUCAUCUGAUGAUAAAACUGAUUUGGAUCCAGGAGCACGACCUAAGUCCUACAGGGAUGCUAGGAAUAGUGGUUACAGAAGAGACAAACAGUUUGAUAGAGAUAGAAAAUCUGGUCAAGAAGGUGGAAGGUAUGGAACUAGAUCACAUGGUGCAGACAAAGGUCCGAUUGAUAAUAAAAACAAUGAUUUUGAUAGUAAAAUAUCUAAGGAAUCAGUGAAACCUGAUAGAACAGAUGCUGAAUCUCCUGUGAAUGAUGUUGCUAAUAAGUCUGAGGAAAAU